AUGGCAGUGAUCGGUGCCCCACGAUGGACAUUGUCGGAGAAUGCGACGGAUGUUCUAAUACCCCAGUAUUUUAGGCACAUUGAAGUUGAUGAUGUCCUGACGCCCUACCGUAUCGUAGCGCAACCCGACAAACAAGAAGUUGCGAAACAACUAGAUAAAGAACGUACGACAAGCAAAUACGCUAUCAACUCAUUGUGCAGUGUUGCAUCAGAUAACUCCGAGACAGACAUCGAACAAUUCCAUCCCGACAAACUAGCAUCUCGAGCUGCAGCAAGACAAGCUCUGGAGAAGUCAGCGGUUUCCGUCGAAAUAACGCCUGAUGAUGUAGAUCUGACUGCCGCUUCAAAGAUUGUUUCUCGGGACAUUUCGAAACGGGAUCCUGUGGCGAGUGAUGAUGAGUUUAUCAGGGGCAUCGAUGAUACAAGCGAGGCUUCACCAGAUAAUCCGUUUCAACUACCGCCCAGGAAUCCUGCGCGCUUGGGUGGAAAGGUUAUUCAGACACUACCACCGCUGCCCGAGAUCAUGGUGACGUCAGCAGAUAAGACACAAAUCGAGUCGCUGGAUGAUGACGUUGCCUUCGAUAGCACCCACAUGAGGACGAAAGAGAAGGAUGAAUUCAUUUACCUCAAGAGCACACCAUAUACGCUGACGCAACCCUCUUUCCGUCAUGGAUUCAUUACUUUGUCCCUCCCUAGGUUGGACAGAGGAGCCAAGACGACGGACGACACAUUAGACUGGACAGCAUUCCAAAUGGCGAUUCUCGGAGGAGCCGGAGAGCUCUUUCAAGACACCUCCUACGAAGAAGACAUACAGCAGGCGGAGGAGAUUACGUCGUGGUUCGAUACGUUUGGCUUUGAGACAUACGGCGAGCUGAUAACCGAAGACGUGGCUGAGGGAGAGUUUGAGCCUGGGCCGUCGACGCGAUUAUCACCACACAGUACUCAGUCAUCGGCGCAUUCAACCAUCGACAAUGAAGCCAACCUUCCUAUUCCAGUUAGCGCUGAGUUCUCUUCCGGAUUCUGGAACGCACCGGCGCCCGGCCAGGCUUUCGACAAAGCUAAGUUCUUUAGCAGUACAGGGUUAAAACGAUGGGUCGGAGAAGGAGGCCCCAAACGGCCUUCGUUCCACGGUUCGGAGGAAAGCUUACCACCCAGCCCGAUGAUGGAGCUCGUGGUUCAUAUGGAUGAUGUUGAAGGCGGUAUUUCGGAUACGGUACCGAUGGGUUAUAACCUGGGGCACGACCUUGGUGACUUUUUGAAGUGGCAGGCGGAGAAUAUGGUAUGCGUCUGA